AUGUCCCUCCAAAACGGCGCAUACACCCACCAAGGCUACUCCGCGCCGCCCUACAGCCAGGGCUACAACCAAGCACGAGGAGGCCAAAGGUACGCCGACGACCAAGAGGUCACGCAAAUAUACUACUACAACAAUGAUGCCGCAUCCUCGUCGACGCGCAGCAUCUCGCACCAUCGGCAGCAGUACUGGUACGGCCAACAACCCGGCGCCGGCGCCGGUGCCGGCGGCCGUGGUUGUCGGUCCAGCGGCGGCAGCGCCAAAUCGCCCGAGACGGAACGCUUCAACCGCAAGAGGAGGCGGUGCACCUAUAUGUACUACGUCCUGCGCCAGAUCGCCAUCAUCGUGCCUCUGGUUGUCAUCUUUUUGAAUAUCAACAUUUAUUGCUCGCGCAGGGGCAAGUACCUCAACGACUCGACGAGCCCGGCGGAUCCCAUCUUUUACAGCUUGUGGUUAUCUAUACCCAUUUCAUGUAUUCUACUCAUCUGGUCGCUCAUCACCGUCAUCUGGCGCAAGAGAGACGCGUACCGGGGCGGCAUCCCGAAGCAUUUCCACUUUGGCAUGGAGUUGUGCUUCACGCUCGGCACCACCAUCUGCUGGAUCCUGCUCGUCAUCCAGAUUGAGUCGAAGAAGUCCAACGGGUAUUAUGCGUAUCCGUACAUACAGUACGAGGCCGCCCUAGCGUUCCUGCUGGGCCUCAUCAUGAUGUCCGAGUUUGGUCUGUUUGCGCGAGCCUGGUUCGAGUUCACCAACGACAGGACGCGUUACGAGAAUGAGGCCAUGGUGCAGGUGUAA